UUUGUUCUGCGAGAGGAGAAAACGACCUAAGCAGUAGCUCCAGACAUGGGAGCCAGAUGUUGCGGCUUGUGCUUCUGCGUGGAAGGGGACGAUAAGGAAGACGCCCUUGUGGACAACGACAGCAACAACCCCUACCAGCAUGAGCACAGCAAGAGGCAUGCCAAGUGGUGUGUAGACGACUCGGCAACGGAGCGGGUUUUCGUCCCUGACGCGUCGAGAAACAAGUAUCAAGUGGUGGGGUUAGGCGGGGCGACGGUCAGAAUGACGGCGCGACUCGACUCGCCGGUUUUGAGAACAUUGCCGCAGGGCACGGUGGUUGUGGUAGCACAGGUGCGAUCGCGACGGGCGCACAUCAUCAAGCCAAUGGACGGGUGGGCUAGCUUGUCGACGGAAAGCGGUUACGUAAUUUUGGAAGCUAUCGCGAGACCAACCAAGUAUAAGGUGGUCUACCGGGAAGGCAUUUUUGUGAGGAGCAGUCCUAGUAUCGAGGACGGGCGGAUAGUCCGAAUUGCGCCGUGCGGGACGGUGCUCAAGGCCACCGGCAAGACGGAGAUUUUCGACGCAGUAGAGAGAGUAGAGGUCGAAGACGGCUGGGUUUCUAUGCGCUUGCGGGAAGACAAGGGGUCAGGGGCGCCGUUGCUCAUGGCGCUAAACUAGAGCCAGGGCGGGAUCGAAUCAAUUAGUGUUGUCCGCUGGCGUUUGCCGGCUGUGUAGAGAGUCAGGACUUGGAAGGGAGAGACGGCGGCGGGUUGAACCUUACGUUGAUGGCGUGCUUGUCUCGUGCCGUUGGCGGUAGUCUAGUUUGUGGACCGUCCUGUUGCCCUGUAGUACUAGUUAGGAACGUGCUUCUUGUGGAAAACCCGGUGGUUGCGCUGUGAAGAUUGUUUCUUGGGCACACGAACUACGGGCGCCCUGGAUGCAACGAGCACGGUAGGAUUUAGAGUGCACUUUGGGUGGCGGUGUGGCUUGGAAGAGGAGUUGAACGGGAAAUUACACCAG